AUGUCCCCCUCCGUCGCGCUCAUCACCGGCGCCUCCUCCGGGAUAGGCCUGGCGCUCACCCAGCACCUCCUCCAUGAGAACUGGCACGUCGUGCUGGCGGACAUAAACCCCCCUCCGCCCUCAUCAUCCCUCCCUAGCGACCGCACCCUCUUCAUCCCCUGCGACGUCUCCUGCUGGGACGCCCAAGCCUCCCUCUUCUCCACCGCCUUCGCCUGGCACCAGCGCCUCGACUUCGCAGCGCUGAACGCCGGCAUUGACGACCGGGAUGACAUCUUCCACUCGCUCUCCCGCUCAAUAGAAUCCCCGUCCUCGAAACCAAACAUGAAGACCUUCGAAAUCAAUCUGCUAGGGGUUUACUACGGCAUCAAGCUCUUCGCGCACUACGCCUCCCUCAACCCCGUCCCAGGUGGCAAAAUCGUCAUCACGGCCUCCGCAGCAGGCCUGUACGCCCUGCCCGCCAUCCCGCAGUACAGCGCCGCGAAGCACGGGCUCGUCGGGCUCACGCGUGCGCUCGCGCCACAGGCGGCAGCGCAUAAUGUCACCAUCAAUGCCAUCUGCCCUGCGAUGGUUCAGACGGGCUUGGCGCCGCCGGGGCUCAUGGAGGGGUUUCCGGAGGAGCAUACGACGCCGAUGGCGACGGUGUUGAGGGCGUUUGAUGAGCUGAUGGAUGAGGGGAGGGGGUGGAAUGGGCAGGUUGUGGAGGCUGCGCAGGGGGAGUUGUGGUAUGGAGAGCAAGCUGAGCCGCUGGGGAGUGCGAGAGAGAGUAUGGAGUUUAUGGUGAGGGAGAAGGCGGAGUUGUGGGGGGAGGUGUAUAGGGAGAGGAAUGUGGGGUUUGCGAAGGAGUUUGGGGGGAGGGAGUGA